GCGGAUAAUUUGAGUUAGUGCGGCUCUUGUAAAAAGACUAGUGGUAAUGAAUGAGCUGGAGAAGUUAUUAAGUAAAGCUACAAACCCGAUAUCAGAUCAGUAUGACUCUGACACCGUGAAUGAAAUUGCAAAGCUGAUUGAUACUCAACCUAAUGGUCCAAUCUUUACUCUUCGACUUCUUGCCCAUAAAAUUAAGUCUCCACAUGAAAAAGAAGCUCUUAGCUCUUUAAUGCUGUUAGAGUUUUUAUCCAAGCGUUGUGGUCCAACAUUUAUAUCCGAACUCGGAAAGUUCAAGUUUCUCAACGAACUAAUCAAAGUUCUUUCGCCCAAGUAUCUUGGUGACCAGACAUCUUCAUGUGUAAAAAACAAAUGUGCUCAGUUGCUUCAUAAUUGGCAACGUGAUUUCUCACCAAAUGAACCGAAGUUUGCUGAGGCAUACAAUAUGCUUGUUCGAGAAGGUAUUAUAACUGCAAGUCAGAUAGUUUCUACUGACUCCGUUUCAGAGAUUUGUCGCUCAGGCUCUUCAGCCGCUGAAAAUAGGCAAAAUAUUUUUGAACGUAACAAAAAAUCAGAGCGUUUAACCCAAUUACUUCGUAGUCGUAAUCCAGCUGAUCUACGUGAAGCGAAUGCGCUUAUCAAGAGUAUAGUUGAAGAAGAUCAAGUACGUAUGGAAAAAGUAAGUCAAAGAACUAGUGAAAUGGAAGCUUUAAGGAACAAUACAAUAUUAUUAGAAGAAAUGAUUGGGACAUAUUUAUUAGGUGAAAGUACUGAGGCUGAAUUAGAAUUGAUGAGUGAAUUGACACAGAAUAUACGUAGAGCACGUCCAUUAUUAUAUAGUUUCUCUUUAACACAUGAAGAACAAGAUAUUGAAACUUUGACUGAAAUUGGUCAAAUAUGUGACAAAGCUAGUGAAGUUUUAGCAAAUUAUGAACAAAAAAUAGCCAAACAAAAGUCAUUAUCCUCAUCAAAAUCAUCAUCUAUAACUAAGGAUAAUUCUUCUUCUUCUCAAUUAUCAUCAAAUGAAAAUCAAUUGUCAUCAUCUAAUCAUAUUACUGAUCUUUUAACACAAGAUUUAAUGAAUUUAGGCUUAUGUGAUGAUUCAAUCACACCUAUCCCAUCGUCUAAUGCUAAUCUAUACUCUCCAGAUGUUUUAUUAUUGAAUACUUCAAAUUCAUUUCUUGUUAAUCAUCUUCAUAAUUCGUCAUGUAAUCAAGUAUCGCGUCCAAUUGAACCAAAAUAUUCAUUAAACAGUAGUAAUAAUAAUAGUAACAAUUUUAUUGGUAAUAAUCCUGGUAUUAGGAAAAAAUCAAACUAUGAUGACUUACAGGAUAUUUUUUCUACAAAUGCUACUAAUACUUCUACUACUACUACGACGACGACUUCUGGGUCAACAGUACUCUCUACUUCGUCAACGCUUUACCCAUCAGUAUUCAGUUCUGUAGACUCCAAAACUUCGAAACAAUCCUUGUCUCCUGAACAUGGAUCUUAUGUAAAUUCCAAUCCCAACGUCUUCAGUGAACUAGAUUGUUUGAGUCGUCAAAUGCUUAACUUAUCAAAAAAUCCUUUUUUAUUAUUUCCUGGAUGAUGACCAUUCAUGUGUAAAUGGAUGGUGAUGUACUACAAAGCGACAAAGAGGCUGAAUCAAAAUUUUCCGAACAAACAAUUGAUGAAUAAAUAUUGUCACCUUACAUUGAGAGAAGUCUUUGUAUGAUUUGUGAACAAAUGCUUUGACAGAUACAAAUCUAUCAAUAUUACUAGCAAAUAAUUCUCCAAGUAAAGUAAAACCCGAUGGUGAUGAUGAUGAUGAUAACACAUCCCUAUGUAUUAGUGACGUAGUUGUAAGCAUGAAUAACACUCCCACCAGUAAUAAUCACAAAGUGGAAGAAGUAACACCAUCAGAAGUUACAACACAAAGUGUAAUUGAUCUUAAAUCAUUUGAUAUUCAACUUUCUUCUGUUCAACCUCAUUCAAUACAUAAAACACCAUUGACACUUUAUCCAACUGAUAUAUCACAAGAGAAUGACAGUAAUGAUAAUACUUAUAACAUACAAUUAACACUACAUUACGCUAAUAAUAAACCACAUCCUGAAGUGAUGGUUUUUGUUGCUGUUAUAUCUAGUCGAAAUGUUUUACCCAUUACUGAAAUCAAUGUUAGAUUUGGUGUUGAAAAGCCUUUUAAAAUACGACAACUUAUUGCAUCUGGACAAAAUCUUCCAUCUUAUACAACAUUUCUACCACCUGCAUCAAUUAGUCAAGUAUUAUUAAUUUAUAAUCCAUCUAAAUUAGUAAGUUAAUCAUUGAUAUAUUUCUUUGAGAAAAAGUUAAUUUUCUACGAGAUGGGUUAGCUAACCCCCUAUACCCAAUCAUCCUCUUUUAUCCGAGUUUACGAUCGGCAGUAACCCCAGAGGGUCUCCAGGUGGAGUUUUUGAGAAAAAGUCCAAUUUGAUAUAUAUAUCUAUGUCCAUAUAUAUCGACGAUUCUGAUGUUAUGUUGGAUGUUAAUAAUCUUUUAUGGAACCGUUUAAUACUAAGUUUAGCCAUGAAUAGGCUUUGAUUAUAACAGUUAAUGACAAUGAUGAUCAUUAUAAUCCUGAUAAUACAAUAAAUCGAACCGGUAUACUUUUAUUCAAUCACUUGGUGUAACACGACUUAAAAAAAUGUUUUGUAUUCUUGAAUAAUCAAGUCUUCCGAUUACUAGACGAUGGAUUUCGUAAAUGCGUUAUUCACUUUUUUCUUUAAAUACUCAUUAAGCAAUCUUAAACAAAGCCUGUAAAGACAUAAAUUUAUCUCUAUACUCCAAGUGUAGAAUCUACACUAAAGAUUCUAACUAAAGUAUACAUGAAAUGUAGUUAGGAGCGGCCAAACUACAACGUGGCAUCAAUCCUUGAAGUCGCUAAGUUCUACUCUUAGCCAUGCUGAUAGAUGCAGACUAUCGUAAUCAAUAGUUGGAGACUCUGGAUGACAUGGCUCAGAAUCGAUCAUAGUGGCGUUAUUCUCUGUCUUCCCUUAAACUCUGAGAUUAAAAUUGCUUGAUAUCUUUCUUUCUACGAACUAAUUCUUUCCUCCUGUACUAUGGCCAUACAUGCACUCUUUCUUUUAUAUAUUACUGCCAUUGAAGUAACGACUUCUAUGAAUUUGGUGUUGAUCUUGUUGUGCUAAUGAGGUAUGGCAACUUGGACCGAUGCAUAUAUGUGCGUGGUCGUACGUUGUAACUGACUGAUACAUGAAAUGUAGAAUUACUAACCUUAAGUUUGUUCAAUAUUGCAAUUAUAUUCUACAAAACAAUUUUAAACCAUGUAAAUUUACAAAUGAUGAUUCUUUAGUUGUGUAAUGACUAUGUAAGAGAUAUUUCCUUCAUUACAACAUAGUGAAUUCAAAUCAAUAAUUAUUGAUUAUUUAUAAUAUACCUUUAAACUGUCUAUCUCUUCUAUCAUAUAAUAACUACCUGAGAUAUACACUAAUAUCACUGUUAUCUUCACCUUUGGCGAAGGCGAGAUAUCCGUCUAUCAAUAAAAGGAUGAGUAUACUGCGCGGCAGUCCGUUCUGUUUUGAUUUACGGCAGCGAAACAUGGCCAUUAAGAGUAGAUGACACUCGUAAGCUACUAGUAUUUGACCACAGAUGCCUUAGAAAUAUUACUGGCGUCUGCUGGGAUCACCGGGUAAGUAAUAGUAGGGUUAGACGCAGGGUAUUAGGGAAUGAUGGUAAAUCAGUUGACGAGUUUGUUAAUCUUCAUCGACUGGGAUGGUUGGGUCACGUGUUACGUAUGCCCGAACACCGAUUACCACGACGUGCAAUGCUAACCGGUGUUAGAGAUGGUUGGAAGAAGGUUAGGGGCGGCCAAACCAAAACGCGGCAUCAAUGCUUAAAGUCACUAACUUCUAGUCUGAGCCAUGUUGAUAGAUGCAGACUACUUGGUUGGGGUCCGCGUGACUAUCGUAACCAAUGGUUUGAGACUGUGAGUAACAUGGCUCAGAAUCGAUCACAAUGGCGUCGGUGUAUACAUUCUCUGUCUUCCCUUAAACUCUGAGAUUAAAAUUGCUUCAUAUCUUUCUUUCUACGAACUAAUUUCUUCCUGUACUAUAUCCUUAUUGCAAUCUUUCUUUUAUAUAUUACCACCUCUGAAUUAACUACUUUUAUGAAUUUGGUGUUGAUCUUGUUGUGUUAAUGAGGUAUGGCAACUUGGACCGAUGCAUAUAUGUGCCUGGUCCUAUGUUGUGGCUGACUGACUGAUACCGUGAUAUUAAAACAUGAUGAAACUAGUUGCUAAAUGUAAUCCAUUUACAGCUGUAUAAUUGAUAAGUUAAAUCACAUUAGUCUGGUCGUUAGACGAAUGUUUCAUUCCUUCUAAAUUUGAGCAAAUCCAUUUCUGAGUAUUGUUGGUUGUCUUUGAGAUGGUGGAGAAGAAUGAACUGGAAAGCACUUACAAACUGACCAACAACGUUUUCAAUGACAUCAAGUUCACAAUGGAACAGGAGUCAAACAACCAACUAGCAUUCUUGGAUAUAUUAAUCACUAGGACCGACACAGGAAAACUGGAAACUCAAGUAUAUAGGAAACUGACCCAUACAGGUCAAAUUCUCAACUACAACAGCAACAACCCAAUAGCUCACAAAAUCAACUGCGUACACACAUUGUUCAAGAGGGCGAGGACACAAUGCAGCACACUGGCAGCACGAAAAAAUGAAGAGAAACACUUGAAGGACAUAUUUCAAAAGAACGGCUACCCAAUCAACUUCAUCAAAAAACACCAACCGCACAAAGCAUCAGAACCCAAGUCAAGCGCAAAAAUCAACAAAAGGAUCACCCUACCGUACAUACAAGAAAUAUCAGAAACCACAACGAGACUGCUGAAAACCUUCGGGAUAGGUGUUACACACAAACCGACAAAAUCACUACAAUCAAUCCUAUGCAAACCAAAUGAUG